AUGGCGGACCAGGAGAACAUCUAUGGUGUGAGAGUUACCCGCCUGGCGAAGAAGAGAGCGAUGGAAGCGAUUGUAACUCAGUUGCAACCUCCGAACAAGAAGAGAGUGGUGUUGGGUGAGCUCUCGAAUAACUUGAUUCCAUUGGAGAAUCCAAAGGUGGGAUCUGAUCUUGUUCAGAAGUUGAAAUGUGGAGCGAAGAAGGUGAAGAAACCUGUGAAACUAGCAACAGCAGCAGCGAAAACCCAUGAACUGGCUGCGAAGGAGAUCGAUGAUCCAUCGAUUGACCCUCAGAUGUGCGAACCCUAUGUCUCUGAUAUCUAUCAAUAUCUACAUAAGAUGGAGAUGGAGGAGAAAAGAAGACCAUUGGCAGAUUAUAUUGAAAAAGUGCAAAAGGAUGUGAAUGUGAAUAUGAGGGGUGUAUUGAUUGAUUGGUUGGUGGAAGUUGCAGAAGAAUAUAAGCUUCUUCCAGAUAGUUUGUAUCUAACCAUAUCCUACAUUGAUAGAUUUCUAUCAGUAAAUGUUCUUAACAGACAAAGACUUCAACUUCUUGGUGUUUCUUCAAUGCUCAUCGCAUCAAAAUAUGAAGAAAUCAGCCCUCCACAUACCGAAGAUUUUGUUUACAUCACUGAUAACACCUACACCAAGCAAGAAGUAGUGAAAAUGGAAGCUGAUGUGCUCAAAACCCUCAAAUUUGAAAUGGGAAAUCCCACAGUGAAAACAUUUCUUAGGCGAUUUACCAGAAUUGCUCAAGAAGAUUAUGAUACACCCAAUUUGCGGUUCGAGUUCUUGAGUUAUUAUUUAGCAGAAUUAAGCUUGUUAGACUACAGUUUGAUCAAGUUCUUGCCUUCUAUGGUAGCUGCAUCUGUUACUUUUCUUUCAAGAUUCAUACUCAAACCAAAGUCACAUCCAUGGAAUUUGGCUCUGGAACAGCUUUCUGGAUAUAAGCCAUCAGAUUUGAAAGAAUGUGUUGAAAUUCUACAUGAUCUGCAAUCUAGUAGAAGAGCUGGAAAACUGGUAGCAAUUAGAGAAAAAUACAAGCAGCAUAAGUUUGUAUGUGUAUCGGAAUUAUCUUCGCCUUCAGUGAUACCAUCUUCCUUCUUUGAAGACAUGAUCAAAGAAGCAUAGUUUUUGAUUCAGAAAAAAGGGUACUUGUUGAUGACACCAAACUGAUGAAGAUCCGCAUUCGAAAUAUAGAAAGAUUGGAAGCAAGAUGUUCUAGUGCUUGAUGUUUUUUAGAAUGAUUUGGAAUCAGAAGCAGGUGAUUAGGACAAACACAGACUGCAAAUCUGGAUAGCAAACAGAGAUUGAUUAGUUGUUUAGAUCAAAGAAAUACAUUUUAAUGGUGUUUUAUAAAUUUUUGGUUGUUGGUAAUAGCAAUAUCUAAUAAA